AUGCCAGAGCUCCCGGAGAUCUUCUCCUCAGAUCGCACAUUUCAUCAUGCUGCUGCUCAUCUCGAAAAGCAAGGUGUACAAGUCUUCGGAGCUCCUCUAGUCUCACUAUGGCACGAUCCUACAGCUCCUAAGGCAACACUGGGCGCUGAAGACGACUGCACAAAUGCCGAUAUUGAUGGUGAUAGUGACAGUGGCAACGGGAUUAUUGACGAGCAGGAGGACAGUGUCAAUGACACUGGUGAAGGAUGUGUUGUUGAGCUAACUGCAUCCGAUGCACCUCUAGUCAAACGCGGCAGUGGAACGGUCUCGCAGUCUCAUGUUUAUCCUCCUCUCCCUGGCACUUGUCCCACACUUGAUGACCGCAAUCAACUCGCCUCAGACAACCAGUUUAUCUCACAGCAAAACGCGAAAAAUAAGCGGACUGCAAAAUCUGCAGGUUCCGAAUUUGUUAAGAUUCCGUUCAAGGAGCUGCCAUAUACGCCUAUGCCACCCGAGCUGACGCAUACGCCGCGGACACUCCUGAUCCAUUUUGGUCUGAUGGUCGUUCAGAUACAGUAUCUUCUCCACACUUGCCUGCAAGUAUACACUGCAUCGCAGUGGGCAUACCUGAAGCUCGUUCCACACAAAACCCGGAUUUUCAAGGUCACCGUUGCAUUUGUUUUUGAAGGUUUCACCCUAGCGUUUUUGACACGUAGUCAUCUACUACAGCUGUACUGGCUCGACUCUAUAGAGCAUAUGCCCGUCCGGCAUGCUUGUAUCCUGACCGCAUUUGACGUUUUCCUCAAAUCUGUCGCCGAUUGGAUAGACCAGCGUCGGAAGCGACGUUGCAAUCGCUCUAAAUUAGCCUUCAUGGUCAUUCGUGGCACUGAUGGCCCGCUUCCUGGGAUUGGAAAGUACACGAUUCAGGAGUUGAUGUUCAUGGCGGGUCUAUGGCUGGGACUUACAGAGGCGCAAUUGUUCGAUGUCCCAUCUCGUGUGGCGAGACUCAUUGCUGCUUAUCGCCACCUUAUACUCGGUCUCCCUCAGAUGUGGAACGAUGUCGUCCGCCCUGCAAUGCAAGGUACACUCCUUGCCCCCAGCCUCGUCCAGCGCCAAGCGUACGGACGCUCUCUUCGCGUUUACGGCAAGUUGAAUAUCAAGAUACCGCUCCGUCUUGCGAGUCUUGCUGACGAGUAUGAGAAAAAUCGAGACUAUGACGUGUUUGAUUGGUCCUUGAUCGCACUCGACUUGAAGCAACCUCGUAAUUUAGGCCACCUUAUCUCGCCUACACUGUGGCCGAAGUUAUCAGGAGAUACAAGUGCGAAGAUACAGGAUGAUCCACUGACACAGUACUUCCGGUCCCGAGGAACUGAUUUGGAUCAGACUUACCUCAAUCCAAAUGCGUAUACUUGCCUUUUCCCUGCCGCGACGAAAGUUCUUUUCCCUCGCAAGCCGUACACGUACUAUGAGCGUAGUGAAAAAGAUGCUAAGAAGGCUGAGGCGGCUGAGGCUGAGGCAGCUGUGGCUGAGGCAGCUGUGGCGAUAGGGGUAUUGGGGGAUGUGAAGGGCGAUGAUAGCAAUGGUGAUGGAGAGAGUGCUGAGGGCUCCAUGAUGGUGACAGAGUCUACGAGUGCGGUUGUGAGAAGAAAGGGUAAAGGAAGAACGUAUGUCUGGUCCCUGACGUCUAUACCAGGUGUUCGUACACUUGCUACACCGAAUGACGGUGAGCGAGAGGCUGGUUCAUUCCAGUAUACUGUGGCCCAUUCGUUGGAUGUCGCUAUUGGUCCGUUGGAGUACGGCGGCCUUGCGAUCCCUCGAAAGGCCAUCAACGGACAUACAGUACAUGUUCUUGCCUGUUGGGGCGAUCCGAACCCAGACAUCCCUCUUCGACACACUAUUGAGGCUGUCAAAGCCGUGCACCGGAAACUCCUCCCUGAAAACUUCAGACACCAAGUCCCUGAGGAGAUCGAAAAGAAGAACACCAAGAAGAUUGGAAUCGUCCUUUCGUCCCGACGACCUUUGGAGGACACCCGCGACCAUCGAAGCCAGACACUAUGCUCCGCUUCUCCCACCAUUUUGCCGUCGUCGCCCUCUUCUAGCUCUGGCGCUAUUGCUAUUCCACGUCCGAUUCGGAAACGGAGGACUGCUGAUGCUGUAGUACGGGAGGGAGGUCUUGAACUCGUUCCUAAGAAACGGACCAGGACUGAGCGAGGAAUUGAGAUGGAUCACAGGAAACACCCACUUGAUGAUCUCUAUGGCAGGAGGCUGACUUAG